AUGCAGCCGGCUCAAUCGAAUUCCAUCAUAAGAAUGUCACACGAAAGGUCAUUUAGAGAGCCUAUGGCUGAUCCAGAGACCCUCAAUAUGGAACUUACCAAGAUCAGAAAUACCAUAAAUGAGGAGCUCCCUCAUAUUCACGCUUUUGUUGAUGACGCCUAG